UUUCACAAGAGCGAUGAAGAAUUUUAUUAGCACGAUACCGUGACAAAAACACAAAACGGGCGACAACAUCAAGAUGAUGCAGCAGCAUCACGCUGUAGCCGGAAGUUGUAGGUCUAACGUCCAUAGCACUACCAGCCCAGGCCCAGCACGUCCCAGAACAAAACAUCAACGACAGCAAAGUCGGCAAACGCAAAAGACUUUGUCAUUGGUUCUCUUUACGUCGUUUGCCUCUAUUUUCCUCGUGAUAAAUCUGAAAACUUCUUUUCAAUUGCCAGYCGACGAKGAUGCCCACGACAUGCAUAUUUGGAUGGGUACUUUUUCCGAAAAAGGGGAACAGAAGCCUACCAGUACAACUCAUACUCACAACGACGCCGAUCAGUUCAUAGCAAUCGACGGGAACAACAAAACAAUUUUCAAUUCGAGUUUGCACGAACCACCAUCGUCAACAACGUCAACAAUCGCAAGCACAAAUAAACGACACCGCCAGGUGCAGCCACUCAAUCUGAUCCCCAACCARGAGUUGGUAGUGAACGAUUAUUUCUCUGCUUCAUGGUUGCUUCCAAAAGAGCGAUUCUACGAGCUCGACUGGCAGAACAUUCUGACRUGUGAGGGCGCUAGCUUCCUUGCAAUCCGCGWAAAGGGAGACGACAAACCCUCCGAACACGCCAAAAUGUUAGUAGAUUGGACGGAAUUUAAUGUGGAACACAUGUCGAAAUGGUGGGGCAUGCUCGGCCUUUUGUACAACAACAAUAACCUCGGUAAAGACGAUAGCCAGAAACGCACGAAAUGGCGAUGGUUAAACAGACUCAUACAAAAAAAUCGCAGCAAAAACAAUGGUGAAUCAACAAAACGCAUCUUUUCUCACGUUAUUUCGAUGAUGGACGACUUUACCCGUCGCAGCCUUUUGCAACCACACUAUCGUUCAACAGAGUUGGAAAGAGCAAUCGCUAUGAUUGCUUUCAUGCCAGUAAAUGAAAGACGUCUGUCUACACUUUCUGCCGAAGAAUCCGCUCUCUACAGGCCCAGAAGUAAAAUCAUAACGCACCAUUCCUUGGCGGCUACCAUUGCAUCAAUAUUUGCGGCUGGAUUUGGAAGGGUGGUAGUAGUUGGUUUGGGUGAAAGCGAUCACCACUACACCCAGGGGGCGGUGCAAGUUUUAAAUUCUAUACUUCUAAGCAAUGAAACCAAUGGUCGCAGUCAAACAGUUGUCCUCGUAGACGAACAUGGGAGCAACAAUAACUCGAUUGCGACUAUUGGUCRUCCUUCCUCGUCACUUCCUGGCCACGAGUAUACAAAAGGCGAUCUUGACAGGCCCAUGGAAAUCGCCCAUGUCAGAGUCACGAAUCCAAACAUGUAUGUUUCCCGUUAUGUUCAACAAAAUCUACCCCGAGCGGCGGUGGCUGGUAUGCACGUGGCAAUGUUUGGAGAGACGAAUACCACCUCCAAUGACAAUGAACGAAUUCAAUGGCUCGGCAGUGGUGCUCGUUACCACAACAAUGGCAACGGCAAGGAACCCUCGUAUUGGAACUAUAUUUAUCUGACAGAACCAGACACCAUUUUGAAUCUAAACCUUGACUUAUUGCCUUCRAUUCGACAUACUUUGGACAAGGGAAUAUCACUAUUUCCGCAUCGGAUCCAUCCCAUACCCCAUGAAAAUAAUCUCCCUCCCAAUAACGAACUCAAUCCAGGAUUAUAUUUACCGAAUGCUCCACCUUUUGAAGUUACUGAAUUGGACCCACUGGGGAGUAGUGCAAAUGGCGACCACAUUGCAUGCUGUGAUGCAGGCGGAUGGYGGCCAGGAAUAAAAUGUUCUAGUCGGGAUUACUUGAAACAAAAUUGCUCGAAGGAAGAAAUAAAGAAUGCAGCGCCAAACAAUCGCUGUGGGCAAUGGUGGGAGUGCGGAUUGAAAGUCAUCAAGAACAGCAAGGAGUACAGUGUAAAUGAUAUUAUCAACGGCCACCAUGCUCUUCUAGAAUACAAAUGGAUGCGUCUAAAACAUGGCAUUGGAGUGAUCUUUGGUUCAUCUAACAACGGCAGAACUUGCAUUCCAUCAAAGACAGCAUGCGAUGCAAAAAAUGACGGCAUGAAGAGCUCGUAGCAUUGAUGUACCAAGCACCGCUUUUGAAUAGUACAAAAGAACAAUAUGAAAGCAAGCCAUACAUACAAAAUAGUAUAGCCUCAAAAAUUACUUUAUCUUGGCUAUUAUGUGGCAUAUGAUCAAAAUUAUGAUGACAGUUGGAAGAACUCUUUCAGCACCACCUUGAAAAAUUAAAAUGACAUUCCUAUU